UCAAUAUUUCUUUUUAGGAAACUAUUACUGUAUUGUACCUAGACCUAGAUUUUGAUUCUCAUUUAAUUAUUAGGCCGGUAUUACUGUAUGUCAAUAAGAUCUACUUUGUAUGCCACAUGCCACAAGACGGCCUUCAUGGAGAGGUUAGCAAGUUCAGCCGUGUAAUGUACACCAGAUAACGAAGGGCAACUAAAUCAGCUGCUUUAUAAAAUGGCUUGAUGCUGCUCAGCCGGCCAACAGUUCAUCUCUACACAUCAUGAGCAGCGGCAGACACUUGGCUAAAGGCUCACCCACACCGGAUGUGCCCGAGGAUGGAAUACUGCGUCUGUAUUCCAUGCGCUUUUGUCCCUUUGCACAGCGUGUGCAUCUUGUGCUGGACGCCAAACAGAUACCAUAUCACAGCAUUUACAUCAAUCUCACAGAGAAACCAGACUGGCUGUUUGACAAGAAUCCACAAGGAAAGGUGCCGGCUUUGGAGCUGGUGCGGGAGCCUGGUCCACCUGUGUUAACGGAAUCUCUGCUCAUUUGCGAGUACCUGGAUGAGCAGUAUCCAUUGCGUCCGCUCUAUCCAAGAGAUCCGCUAAAGAAGGUGCAGGAGAAGCUGCUCAUUGAUCGUUUUGGCGCCGUUUUGGGCGCUUUCUUUAAGGCAUCCGAUGGCGGUGAUAUUGACCCAUUCUGGAACGGCUUGGAUGACUACGAGCGGGAACUAAGCAGACGUGAAACACCCUUUUUUGGUGGAGAACAAACGGGCAUACUAGACUAUAUGAUUUGGCCAUGGUGCGAACGAUUGGAGCUGCUUAAAGUGCAGCGUGGUGAGGACUAUAAUUUCGAUGAGACGCGUUUUCCACAGCUGACGUUGUGGCUGGAGCGCAUGAAACGUGAUCUCGCCGUGAUGGCAUUCUUCAUGGAGGCCGAGGUGCAGGCCGAGUUUCUGCGCACGCGCACCGCCGGCAAACCUAACUAUAAUCUUCUGGUUAAGGAUGCCUGAUUUAGUCCAUCAUUAAUGGCAUGAAUAAAGUACUUUAGUUAAUCCUGAAAGGCAA